AUGGAUCAAACGCUGGUAACGUACAGUGCGGCGGAACGUAUCUGGAGUGGACCUCCGCGAAACUCCAUUUACAAGGAUGAUACUGCCUUCGGUGUCGUCAUAUUCCAAUCCAUGAAGAACUGGCCGAAGAACAUUUGUCAGAUAUGGGAUGAUGAAGGCGUGGCAGUGACCUUUGAAGAGGCACUCACGUGGGCCAUUCGCAUUGCUCAAUUCUUCAAGAGACGAGAAUUAAACCACAAGAAUAUCAUUGGGAUAGCAGCUGGUCACUCAAAGUAUUUGCUAUCUUUGGCAGUGGCCUGUCUGAUGAAUGGAACACCUUUCCACGCUCCACAUUCAGUGCUGGACGAAGCAACCUUAAGGUACGUCUUUUCGAUAACCAAGCCAAAUUUGAUAUUUUGCGAUGGAAAGGAUUUCGAAAAAGUCAAGGCAGCAACGAUUGAAUGGCAACCGGAAAUCUAUACUCUAACGGAUCACGUUGAGGGAGUGCCGAACAUAGAAUCCCUCUUGGAACCUACCACCACCGAAAUGUCCUACCAGCCAGAACCUUUGGUUGAUGGGUGCGACCAAACCGUGGCAUUGCUCUGCUCCUCCGGAACCACUGGACUGCCAAAGGUGGUUUGCAUUGAGAAUCGAAGGCUCUUGCAUUUCCUGAUACCGCCCAUAAACAGCGAAUCAAUUGUAUUUCAAGCCACUGCCAUUGACUGGUUAGGAGGAAUUGCCUUGCUUAUCUUUAACACUACAUUGGGUUGCACCCGCAUUCUGAGCAGAAAUCCCUUUACUUCCGAGUAUAUUGUGCAUCUGGUGAGGAAGUACAAAAUUGACAUCUUGGCCCUUGCACCUCUUCCUUUCACGGCUCUCGUGAAUUGUCCUGAUGCCACCGCUGAGGCCUUAUCCUCCAUACGCCAAGUUUUUUACGUCGGUGGAUCUAUUGCGCUGACGACGAUACAAAAAGGCCAGAAACUUAUGGGGAAUGCAAGCAUCGGCACUGUAUAUGCAAGUACCGAGGCCACAUCUAUAACUGCUAUCUAUAAAAUUGAAAAAGGAAACCCCAUGGGCAAACCAGUGGCGGGUGUCAAAAUUCGCAUUGUAGGCGAGAACGGAGAGAAUCUCACGUACAACCAAGUGGGUGAGAUACUUGUCCACAAUGGACUGACUUGGCAGGGAUACUACGGAAAUCCGGAGGCAACACGCGAAUCGCAGGACUCCGAGGGCUGGCACCACACAGGCGACAUGGGAUACUUCAAUGAGGAUAACUUGCUGUACAUGGUUGAUCGCUGUAAGGACAUCCUCAAGUACGAAGCCAUGCACUACUGGCCAGGUGAGAUCGAAGCUGUGAUUUUGGAGUUGCCGCAAGUGCAGAACGUAUGCGUAGUGGGCAUCCGCGAUGAACUCGAGAACGAUGCUGCCGGUGCCUUGGUUGUCCUUAAAAAAGGAUCAACUAUAAGUGCCAAGGAGAUUGUGGAGCAUGUGGUUAAAAAAUUACCUCCAGUGCAUAAACAGCUUCAUGCUGGAGUUCAGUUCACCAAUGAACUGCCUACAAAUCCCAAUGGAAAAGUUGUGCGCAAGCGUGCUAUCGGGAUGUUUAACGCCUUAAAAGCUGCUUAAAAAAUUCAUUAAAAAUAAGAGUCUAUUGUGUUGCAUAUUUGUCAUAAAAUUUAUGAAAACAGAUAACAAGACUCCAAACCAGAAUAAAAAGUGGUGGCAGUCACCUUUGGUUAAAUAUGAACACUAA